AUGCUGUCCAACAUAUCCAUGGACGGACUACCACAAGUCCCAUAUGCUCCGUCAAACUUGUCCCUGGUAUCCAUGGCGCAGUCUUUCCCAGCAAUGAUUGCCAUCUUGCUAGGGCUUAUAGGCGUACUCUCGGUCGUCGUUAGCACCAGCGGAAAACCGACACAUCCGCUAGCAAACCCUCCACGCUGGAACCAGACCACCCUAUCAAAACGAAUUGAGUUCCUCAAGAACGGAAGGGCAAUACUGAGCGACGCGAGGAAACGCUAUGGCAAGCAGCCCUAUAGGCUGAUUGUCGACACGGGCGAAUGUCUUAUCCUACCUCCUGAGUAUGCAGCAACGAUCCGUAACAGCAUGGAUCUUAGCUUUGCACAGGCAAUAGAGAAGAACUUCUCGGGACACGUUUCCGGCUUUGAGAUGUAUGCUGUCUUGCUCCACGAACAAAGACUCGUACAAAACGUUGUGAAGGACCAGCUUACCAAAUACCUGAACGUCCUGACAAAGCCCCUCUCGGAAGAAGCAAGUCAUGCUCUCGACGUGAUAUUCGGCCAAGAUACGGAAUGGAGAGAAACCGUUAUAGCAGACAGCAUUCUCCAAUUGAUCGCCCGUCUCUCCACCAGGGUCUUUCUCGGCGACACCAUGUGCCGAAACACCGCGUGGCUCGAAGCUUCCAAGGCCUACACGGUGGCAAGCUUCACCAUGAUUCUCAAGAUGACAGCCCUCCCAUCCUCGCUCAAGUUCCUCGUUCCCUGGUUCUCCUCCGAGGCGAAGGACGUCUUCAAACACGGAGCCACAUGCCGCGCAAUCCUCACCCCUCUUCUCGCCGAGCGUCGAGCUCUAAAAGCCGAAGCCAGGAGGAACGGCAAACCGGAACCUGUCUUCAAUGACAUGAUCGAUUGGUUCGAGCAGAAGAGCGGAGGGAAAGGGUACGACCCAGCGCUCUUCCAGAUCGCGCUAUCUUUCGUAGCGAUACAUACGACCAUAACAAUGCGCCGUCAAGCCCGACGCACCGUCGUCCUCCCCUCCGGCCUCGUCAUCAAAAAAGGCGAGCAGAUCGCCGUCGACGGCUUCAACAUGUCAGACCCCACCGUCUACCCCGAUCCACACAGAUACGACAUAUACCGCUACCAGCGCAUGCGCACCAGCACCGACCGCGCCACAGUCAGCCAGUCGCAUCUCGUUUCCACCGGUCCCAACAACCUGUCAUUUGGACAUGGCGCACAAGGCUGCCCCGGCAGGUUCUUCGCUGCGAAUGAGAUGAAGAUUGCCAUGUGCCAUUUGCUGCUUAAGUUCGAUUGGGAGUUGGCUGAGGGGACGGAUCUGGAAUCGAGGUUCUUGUUUGGCGAGACGGAGGCGCUGUGGAAAGGGAAUAGGCUGAGGUUUAGACGGAGGAGGGAGGAGGUUGAUUUGGAGGGGUUGGCUUAUGUGUGA